UUUACCGCCGGAGAGCUAAUUUAUUGAGUAGUGGGUCUUCCUCUCGUGAUUGAUGACAUACCGCCAUGGUAUAGGGGUAAUGAAGCGUUACAAUAGCCUGCCAAGUAGGUGAGGAUUCAUCAGUGCUUCGUUAGAGAUGGACUGAUAAAGUGACUUGAUGAGCACCAGUCAUCAUGUGAGAGUGUUCCUUUGUGAACUGCAAGUCGAUCCUCAGGGCAAGUUCUUUGCUGGAGACAAAGAGGUUUCCAGAGUUGAUGUUAUUGGCACAGUAGUCUAUUUCAGUCACCGUGAACGUGUUGAAACGUUUGAAAUUGAUGACGGGACAGGUAUAAUACAGUGUGCCAAGUUCACUGAUGUUGAGGUAGGGCAGCAAGAUGGGAAAAGUGUUGCGAGUCAUGCUGACGAUCCCUUGAAAGAUUUACAUCACAUCCUGAUAAAACCAGAUUUCCCUUUAAAACUGGGAGAUUUAGUCAAUAUACGAGGGCAUCUUAACGUCUUCCGAGAACGACCACAACUUAUUGUGAAUAGCUUACGUCGUGUUGCUGAUAUAAACGAAGAGUGGUUUAGAGUCCUGGAAAUUGAUGCUGAGCGGGAAGCAAUUAGAGAUAAGUCUCCAGCAGAGACAAUAUUUCAGGAGUUAAGCCAGUGCUCUUUACCUUAGAAUUUGUUACUGCUCAAUAUUCAGUCAAGUAGUAUAUACAGAAAAGUUUACAUUUUAUAUCAUCAUGGAGUGUGAAAAUACAAUCAGUUUGGAAAACAUCCGCCAGAAGGCACGUGAAAGCGACCAAGCAUUUCGAUUAAAGAAGAGAAGCAUAGCUCGUGAUGAUCGUCGUUUGCACUUGGAUGAUGUGGUAGCAAAGUUAAAGGUGCCUUCAACAGAGGAAUUUUCAAAGCUGGCUUCUCAACUAAAGAAGCAAAAGUCCUUGGAGACCCUGCAGAGGAUACGUCUUGGCCUGAGCAAUAGUCGGGAAAAUAUCGCCAUCUUCUUAAAAACUCAGGGUGCCUUGUAUUCACUGACGGGUUGCCUGACAAGUCAUGAUGCAAGCCUAGCGAGAGAAGCUGCUUGUACUCUAGUCAACUUGGCCCUUGGGAAUGAGAAGCAGUGCUUGGAAGUGUGUCAAAGGGCAGGAGUAUACAUUAUUCUACACAUGUCUAACAACAAUCCUGACCUUCAGGAUCCAUGUGCAUGGUGUAUUGGUAAUUUGUGUGGGACACAUGUUAGUGUGUGUAAGUUGCUGAUGACACAAGGGGUGGAAGGUAGACUGGUCAGUCUUCUUGACUCUUACUCACCACAUGUAUUGCAGUCUGCAGCACAUGCUCUCCUCCACUAUCUCUCAACCGUUCCAGAAAGAAUUAAGCAUGUGUGUGAGCCAAAUAUAGUGCGAAAACUCAUCAGUGCCCUAAGUCUUGGUGGUACUGUAGCAGAGGUUGCCUGGUGUCUCUUUGUGUUGUCAACCUGCAGAGAUGUAUGUGGCCUCCUAGUUGACCAAGGCAUCAUAAAAGCAGCCUUUACAAUAAUGGAACAAUUAAUUAAUGAACAAAAUGUGAAUGUUUGUGCUUUGACUGCCAUUGUGCGUGUGGUGCUGAACUGUGUUGGUGCUGUACCAGGCACUGCAGUACAGGUGUGCUACCGCAGUGAACAAUUUGUGCGUGUUAUCAAAGCUUUGCUCUAUUCACCCCACUCUCACUUGCGUAGUGAGUCCAUACACCUUUUAGCCAAUGUUGUGAAUUCUGCAUCUGAGGAAUCUCUAACAGGUAAAUGUAUUGUUGAUGACCUGAGUUUACGGGAGAGACUGGAGAGUGCUGUCCGCAGUGCUCUGGCUGCUAGGUUCGUCACAGGUCCUCCAGACACUUCCAAUUUUCAUGGUAUUAUAUAAGACUUGUAUUCUCUUCUUUUAACUUAUGUAAGCAUUUUGUUGUAUUGUGUGCUGUAUAAGUUCAACCCAUCCUUUAUCUAAAUUAUGUUGUAGUAUUUAUUUAGAAAAGGCAAAUAAAUAUUAAUGAAACUUUA